CUCGUGCAUGUUGUUGUGCUGUGAAGUCCUGGUCGGCAUACCAUUUCUAGAUUCGUAGGUUUAGCAUCCAAACUUAGAAAUGACAGAUUACCGCGCCCUUGCCGAUACUGCUCUGGAAAAGGUGUUAUCCUAUGCAAGUGAUGAAACUGGUUGGAUUUUCCACAAAAAUACAGACGGAAUUAAACUGUACUACAGACCUUCACCUGAAUUUAAUGGUAUACUUUACAAAACAGAUUUUAUAUUUAAUGCAUCUCCAAAGAAUGUUUAUGACUUCACUCGUGAUAUGGGGUUGCUGCAAAAAUUGAACAAUAACAUUGAAGAAACGCAAAUUCUCGAAAUGAUGGACGAUUUAGCAGUAACCCGUGUCGUCUCGGCAAGUCAGUUAAUGGGACUAGUAUCACCUCGAGAGUUCAUCAAUGUAAUAAGCUGGAAGGAAAUUCCCGAACACAAUGCAUACACAGUGUACCAUAAUAACGUAGAACAUGCCAGUUAUCCAAUAGUACCAGAGUUCGUACGUGGAACCACUUAUCCAUCGGGGAGACUGCUGUAUCCAGUUGAGGGAGAGCCUAAUAAAUGUCGUGUGAUAGGCUUCAGUCAGAGCGAUAUCAAGUUGUCACCACAGACUUUGGUUGACAAGUUCACUCCUGGUAUGAUAAUUGGGCAUAUAAAGAAAACAAUGAAACUUAUAAAUACUGGUCAGUUAUGUAAAGCCUAG